UAUAAACCAGACAGAGGCAGCCCAGAGUGAGCAUUCGAGGGAUAAGCGACAGAGAGGUUACCUGCACGAUCCGCACCAGCUGCGUCUCACGGAGGCUGUAGAGCGGCUGAAGUAAUUGCAGGGCCAGCCGGCAAUCACAGCAGGGAACCAAUGGCGAUCUCCGCCCUCCGGCUUUUCCUGUUGACUGUGAUGAUCAUGGGGCAGGAGGGAGCCCCCGAGACAGGCCUCACCACCAGAGGAAAGGCCCAGGAUGCUGUGAGGAAGUCCAUGGCCUACAUCCACUUUGACAUCGACGAGGACUAUUACGAAGAUUACCCAGAGGAAGAGGAGACAAGCAUUAAGCCGGGGGUUGGCACACGGUCGUUCUGUGACUACGAUCCCUGCAGCAUGGGACAGGUCCCUUGCUCUGAGCUACAGAAAGCUACAUCCUGCUUGUGCCCAGGCAUCUCGAGUGAACGCGAGGUCCCAGACGAGCCGAGGCUGAGGAGCGUAGGCCAGAUCACCGAGAGCUCGGCCUUUGUCCAUUGGUGCGAGCCUGCGUCGGCUGUGAACAGUUACCGCCUGGUCUACCAGGCCCUGGGCUCGGCCCACUCCAACCAGUCGAGCUCAGGCCUCCUUCCGGCCCAGGCCCGCACCUUCACCCUCUGGGGCCUGGCCUCCUCCACCCGGUACCAGGUCUGCGUCCUGGCCCUGAACCAGGCCGGGGAGAGCGGCCUGGACAGGGGGGACGGCCAGUCGUCCUACCCUCCGGGCUCCGGGCCCUGCAUCAUGUUCACCACGGCUGUGUCGUCGGGCCAGGUCCUGGCGGUUUCUCUCUCGUUGGCCCUGGCAGCCGCUGUCCUCCUGGGGGCCGGGGGCUUCCUGCUCUGGAGGAGGGCUCGAGGGAGAAGGGGAGAGGUCCGCCUGGGACCUGGGGCUGACUCUGGGCUGCAGAACCCCACCUUCUUCCAGGGUGAGAAACCAGGAGAGCUGCCACUUUAAACCCACAGCCCCCUUCACCAUCUCCCACCAUCACCUCCCUCCCCCCACCGCCUCCGUCGCUCGCUGAUACUAUGCCCCACUAAGCGAACCUCUGCUAUUGAACUGGAAGAGGCGGCAUGGGCAGGAUAGGGGAUUCAGAGGGACAUCACCUCGACUCGCCUCCCUCCCACCCUGGCCGUGGCUGCCCCACACGUGCCCUCUCCCCUAUGGCCGACUCUGUAAGGCUGACCAUUCAGGCGCACAGACUCUGCUUGCAUCAUACAAACUGGCCGGGCCUCACACUGAGUGCGAGCUCACCGGACUGGAAUGACUCCAUCCUGUCUACACUCACCCCCUCCCAAGCCACUAGAUAGACUCGCAGCUACCCAUUGAGAGCAUAGUGCCUGUGAGAGACUGAGAGAGAUAGCGUGAGCGAGAGUGUGCGUGUGUCUGUGUGUGUGUGUGUGUGUGUGUGUGUGUGAGAGAGAGAGAGUGUGUGUGAGUGUGAGUGUGAGAGAGAGACUGUGUGUGUGUGUGUGUGUGUG